ACGCUGCUGACUGCUGUGACGCACGCUGCUGUCUCUGCUGUAAGACACGCUGCUGUGUCUCCUGUGUGGCACGCUGCUGUCUGCUGUGACGCACGCUGCUGUGUCUCCUGUGACGCACGCUGCUGUCUGCUGUAAGGCACGCUGCUGUGUCUCCUGUGACGCACGCUGCUGUCUGCUGUAAGGCACGCUGCUGUGUCUGCUGUGACGCACGCUGCUGUGUCUGCAGUAAGGCACGCUGCUGUGUCUGCUGUGACACGCUACUGUGUCUGCUGUGGCGCACGCUGCUGUCUGCAGUGAGGUACGCUGCUGUCUGCUGUGACGCACGCUGCUGUCUGCUGUAACGCACGCUGCUGUGUCUGCAGUGAGGUACGCUGCUGUCUGCUGUGACGCACGCUGCUGUCUGCUGUGACGCACGCUGCUGUGUCUGCUGUAAGACACGCUGCUGUCUGCUGUGACACGCUGCUGUCUGCUGUGAAGCACGCUGUGGCUUAGUCCUGGAUCCUGUGUGACACGCUGCUGUGACUCCUGUGAGACACGCUGCUGUGUCUGCUGUCAGACACGUUGCUGUCUGCUGUGCUUCUUCCUGCGUGGCACGCUGUGUUACACCGUGACUAUCGUGGAAAACGCUGCUGGUGCUGUGGUAGGCUGUGAGAGCUGUGCAGCACGCUGUUACUGCUGUGAGAGACUGUUGGUAGCUGUGAUACGCUGUGAGAGCUGUGCGGCACGCUGUUACUGCUGUGAGAGAGUGUUGGUAGCUGUGAUACGCUGUGAGAGCUGUGCGGCACGCUGUUACUGCUGUGAGAGACGGUGCUGCUAGCUGUGAUACGCUGUGAGAGCUGUGCAGCACGCUGUUACUGCUGUGAGAGACGGUGCUGCUAGCUGAUGAUACGCUGUGAGAACUGUGCAGCACGCUGUUACUGCUGUGAGAGGCAGUGUUGGUAGCUGUGAUACGCUGUGAAAGCUGUGCAGCACGUUGUUACUGCUGUGAGAGACAGUGUUGGUAGCUGUGAUACGCUGUGAGUGUUGUGUAGCAAGCCUGGACCGCCACCUGAUAGUCUUGCUACACCUGUGAUAGUCUUGCUACACCUGUGAUAGUUUUGCUACACCUGUGAUAGUCUUGCUACACCUGUCUGCUACACAACAACAAUAUGAACACAGAGCGUGUAGGUAGCGAGCCUCCACAGAUGCCUGGGCCUACCCAGUUACCCCCUCAUCAGCUGUUAGGCCUGGCAGGGCUAGUUGCAGGGGCAGGUAUGGGCACCAACGUGCCCACCAACAUGAACAUGGGUAUGCAUAACCCCAACACCACCGAGAACAACACGCCACCAGCAUCAUCAUCCUCGCGUACUAUCUCAGGGACUACUACUACGAGUGGUCUUAUGGCUGGUGUGGGAGGGUCUUCAAGACCUCCCCCGCUACCCCAGGCUCUUCUAAACAUGGAGGGAGGUGGGAGCAUGCCCUGGGGUGGGUGGGCAGACCUACAAGACAGCAUGGGUAUGGAGAGAGGUAGAUCACGUAACUGGACUUACGAGGAAACAGUCGAAUUGAUAUCGAUGUACACAAGUGAGGAAUGGCAGAGUAAGUUUAGCAGCGAGAAGAAGAACCACCGCGCCAUCUGGGCGGCGCUGGCUGCCGCACUCACCCGCCGCAAGGAUGUGUCUGGAGACGAGGCCCGCCAGCGGUUAAAUAACCUUAAGGCUCUCUACAACCGCACCCGCAGGCAGCUCCUGGCGGGGGAGAUCUCCAGUCCACAGUGGGAGUACUGGGACCCGCUGCACUCCUUCUUGGGUCGUCCACAGCCUUACAUACCCAUGAGUGGGGCGCCCACACAACCUAGACCCCCGCCCCUGCAUGGCUUCUCUCAGCACCAGUAUCAACCCCACGCCCAUCAUCAAGGCUUGCUGGGAGCUUUAACGUUUCCCCAGCACAUGACACAACCCAUGGAUACUCCUCAUCAAAGACCCUUCGUGAAGGCGUCUCCUGAAGUUAAGUUAGACGACACUACAAAAGACACAGACUACGGUAAGUACUGUUGCUAUAUAUACUGUCUUAAAACUUACAAGUUGAGACACCCGUACAACACUUGUUAAUCUUCAUUGAGGCUCUGGGUCUGAUUACCUUACUCUCAUCAUCUCUGGGUCUGAUUACCUUACUCUCAUCAUCUCUGGGUCUGAUUACCUUACUCUCAUCAUCUCUGGGUCUGAUUACCUUACUCUCAUCAUCUCUGGGUCUGAUUACCUUACUCUCAUCAUCUCUGGGACUGAUUACCUCACUCUCAUCAUCUCUGGGACUGAUUACCUCACUCUCAUCAUCUCUGGGACUGAUUACCUCACUCUCAUCAUCUCUGGACUGAUUACCUUACUCUCAUCAUCUCUGGGACUGAUUACCUCACUCUCAUCAUCUCUGGGACUGAUUACCUCACUCUCAUCAUCUCUGGGACUGAUUACCUCACUCUCAUCAUCUCUGGGACUGAUUACCUCACUCUCAUCAUCUCUGGGACUGAUUACCUCACUCUCAUCAUCUCUGGGACUGAUUACCUCACUCUCAUCAUCUCUGGGACUGAUUACCUCACUCUCAUCAUCUCUGGGACUGAUUACCUCACUCUCAUCAUCUCUGACCCUUCUCUGUACUGCACUGAGGAAGUCACAGGCUGCUGAAACGUUCCAGCCUCAGUCAAGAUUUUUAAAUGUUGCGCAAGUACUGUUGUAGUCACGUUAAUGAGGGUCUCUACAUCCAAGGAACUGGAGCUUACCCCUUGUAACUAACCUAACUCAAGGUAGAGUUAGAAAAUAGCUUUAGAAGUUAUACUAUA